AUGGACGACGCGACGCCGCUCGAGCGCUGGCGCGCCUCGGACGUCGUCGACGACGAAUGGGCGAACGAUCGGUUACCGGACGACGAGGUACAGCUGCGCGCGGAGAUGACCCCGCCGGUGGAUGACGCGGAGGAGGCGAACGAGACGGCUGGGAUGGAAAGUGGAGAGGAUGAGUGGAAAGAUUUGGGCCUCCAAGAAGCGGGAUGA